AUGGACCGGCGAAAGUACAUCACGAGCCAGCAGCAAGUCGGGAACACAAUGUUAUCGAUCGCGGUUCGUUCUAAUCAUGUAAACCUUGUCCAGUACCUACUGGAAGAAUGCGGAGCCGAUGUCGACCAGUUCGACACGUCAGACGUGUCUCCCGUCACACCACUCUGGCUGGCCGUAGAACGCCGCCAUUUAGACGCUGUUUGCCUCUUGCUCCAGCAUGGAGCUGACGUGAAUGCCAAGGGGGAGGGCGAGAGCCCUAUUGUACUGCUUGGGGCCCAGAACAUCAACUUGAAAAUAGUCGAGAUCCUUAUCUCAAACGGGGCCGAUGUUAAUGCUGCUGACGAAUGGGGUUACAUGCCUCUACACGCCGCUAUGUGGAAUAUGGACCUGAUGCGACUUCUACUGGAAAGCGGAGCUGAUAUGGAAGCCAAGGACCACAACGGAAACACCAUCUUGCACCUGACUGUGUGUAAAGGCUUUUCAGAAAUAUGCAAGUUCUUGCUGACACACGGCGUCAGCCCAUACGUUAAAAAUAACGAAGGUAACGAUGUCUUUAAACUCGCCGCUUUGCACCGAGAAUACGAGAUACUUAUUCAUUUGUUGGUAACCUUUCCUUACCCGAAAGAUUCCCCAAAGGACUUUUUUGAUGCAACGACCAAAGCAAGGCUGGUACGUAAUUUGGAAAUAUACAAUCCUUGCGAUUAUAGCCUUGACUUGCAUGCUCUUCUUGCGACGGAACAUAUAUUGGGGCCGACAUCUGAUAAAACGUUUUACGCUUUGAAAGAAGCUGCCGAACUAACGUGUAUGCGACAUGACUUUAGCCAAUCGUGGGAUAUUUACGUUCAUCUCCUUCAAAUCAAUGACCAGCCACUGCAUUUAAUAGACAACAAUUUGAUUAUGGGCAUUUUCCAGCUCGUCUAUAAGGUUUACUACGAACAUGGCAGGAUUGUCAUACCAGUGGAGAGGGCUUUCGGAAUUUUCCACGGCAUGUUUCGCGGGAUUACGUUCGAGUGGGACGUGCUUGAAAAGCAGGGUUUCUCGCUGGGUGAUGACACCGAGCCCUCGGACCUGGAAAAUCUCCAAAAGAUCUUUAUCUCGCUGCUGAACCUCCUGGAGUUCAUUGUGACCCUGCAGCAGACCGAAGAGUCAACCGGAAAUCCGUCCAGUCCAGACCCGGUCGUAGCUGUGCCGUCACCAUGCGUACUGUUUGAGCGAAUUAUAAUCGAACCGAAGGAGACGGACGAGUGCCAAAUACCGAAUCGGCUGUAUCAGACACGGCCAGAGACUGACCACAACGACAACGAUCAAAACGCUGUGCGGAUGCGUGUGCACGGACGGUGGGAAUAUAUGGACGUGUCCUUGAUCGAGGAGGACCAUUACAUCACCACGAAGAGUAUGUGCGAAACGACCUACCACCGGCUGACGCACGCGAGUAGAAAGUUGGUACCAGCGAAGAUACCAUUGCCUUUGCAGUGCUUGGCUACCCAGGUUAUUCAGAGCGACAAAAUUCCAUUCCAAGGUCUUUUGCCAGCUGCCCUAACUAAUAUGAUUUUACUUCAUUAG